AUGAAGUUCACCAGCUUCAUCCUGCUACCACUUUUGUCAUCUAUCACCCUCGGCCAACUUAUUGGUCCCGUUGGUCCCACAACUGAUCUCCAAGACAAGACUAUUGAAUGCAACAUUCUUGAUUAUGGUGCAGUGGCUGAUAACAAGACUGACAUAUCUACUGCGCUGGAGACUGUCUUCUCUGAUUGUGUCCGCAAAAAUCCGGGUAGUCGAUUGAUUGUGCCUGAAGGAGAGUACUUGAUUGAGCGCGGUGUGACCCUUAGCAAUGGCACAAAUUGGGCAUUCCAGUUGGAUGGGCUGAUCACAGCUGCAUAUGAUGGCAACUGGACCAUUUCGCGUGAGUUGAUUCUCGAAGGCUUUGCAGGCAGAGAGAUCAUCAAUGCAACUAUCAACGGAGAGGGCGAUUCUGAAUUCUUAUUAGAUGUGCUUGUCAUUGUCAAUGCGGUGGAUUUCGAAUUCUAUUCUUCUAAUGGCAAGGGCGCUUUCCAAGGCCAGGGCUACAUCUAUCGAGAUCUCGAUAACACCGACCGUCCACGCUUGGUGCGUUUGAUCUCUCCGACCAACGCCUCAGUCCACGACUUGAUACUUGUUGACAGUCCCAAGUUUCACAUCGUCCUUGACUUUGCAGUCAAUGUUGAAGCCUACCAUUUAACUAUCCGCGGAGCGAACUUGGGUAGUUAUGAUGGCAUUGAUGCUAUUGGAACAAACUAUUGGAUUCACGACAGUGAGGUAACAAAUCGCGAUGAGUGUGUCUCAGUGAAGAGUCCAUCUCAUCACGCUUUAGUCGAAAACCUGGUGUGCAACCAAGCUGGCUCAGGCAUCUCUAUUGGAAGUCUGAAUGUGUCCGCUGAAAUAUCAAACAUAGAAGCACGCAAUAUCAGCAUCAUCCAAGGCAACAACAUUGCUUUUAUCAAAACUUAUCCUGGUGGAUCAGGCUACGUUACCAACGUUACUUUCUCGAACUUCCGGUCAUUGGCAAGCCUCUAUGGCCUGGACAUCAAUCAAUACUGGCAAAAUACCUAUGAGCCUGACACUGGCGCUGUUGCAUUGAGUAACCUAGUUUUCCGGAAUUUCACAGGCUCUGUUGCCGACGGCGCCACACGCCCUCCGCUUUACCUGUUCGCAAAUGACCUGACAUUCGCCACUAAUGUCACUGUCGAGGAUUUCACAGUGUGGACAGAAUCCGGCAGCUCGGUUGUUAACAAGAUCAGUAACAUCUUUGGUAGCGGGGAUGACAGCUACGGGUCAAGCGAUGGUAUUAGCUCUCUCAGUCAAGGAGAAUCGCCAUCAUCUUAUACCAGCACCUACACCAUCACAGCAUCUCCAACCAACUGGCAGGCUCCCACCACCCCCACCUGGGCUCUGCCUAGUACAGGAUAUGGAACUGCUUCUCCCAUCCCAGUUUACAGCCCAGCUCCUCUGUGGCGCCCAGGUGGUGUGGAUUAUGAUUUGCAUUACUGGGGAAGCUUCUAA